AUGAGACUCAGGGAGAUCGAACUGAUCGACGUGCUGUGGCGCAGUGACCUAAGCGGCGUCUCCGAGAAGCGCCAAGUAUUGGAGCGCCAAGAGGAGUCCGACCUCGCCGCCCUCACCCACAAGAGCAUCACCCAGCGCCUCUCGGCUGAGGAGACGGCCCGAUACGAGGAGCUGAGCAAGAGCUACUUUGAGGACUUUUACGCCGGUGCUGCUUCGACCGCUGAUUGCUUGUCGUCGCUGGAGCAAGAGAAGUGCUACACCGACAGCUCCCUGCCCUCGUGCUCAAAUCCGGUCUCUCCGCUCCCGAAAGAGCUACCGACUCCGACAGACGUAAUGACCGACGUGAUGCCAAGGCCAAGGGACUUCUCCUGCGAGCUGCCAUGCCCGCCCGCACUCGUCGGAGCCUCCGCCAUCCCCUCGGCCGCCUAUAACAGCUCCCACUUCUGGCACAACCACACCGAGGACCCUUCCCGGAUAUCUCCGAACCGAGGGGUUGAACAACCUGACGAUGGCCGUCCAGCAGAUGUGCCACAA